UCAGUAUAUCCUCGCGCUCCGGCUUUCCGACAGGAGGUUGCUGGCCAAAGAUGGCGGAUGGGGUGUUAAGCGCCGGGGUCAACCUGGAGGCUUUUGCCCAGGCUAUCUCGGCCAUCCAGGCGCUGCGCUCCAGCGUCACGCGCGUCUUCGAUUGCCUCAAGGACGGCAGGCGCAACAAGGAGGCUUUGGAGGGCCGUGAGAAGAGCUUCGUCUCCAGCUUCCAAGAGAGCCUCCACUCCGUCAGCCGAGACUUGGGUGAACUGGAACGUCUAAGUAAUCUUGUAGGCAAGCCAUCAGAGAACCAUCCUCUCCACAAUAGUGGAUUGUUGAGUUUAGAUCCUGUUCAGGACAAAACACCCCUCUACAGCCAGCUGCUUCAGGCUUAUAAAUGGUCAAAUAAGUUGCAGUACCAUGCAGGACUGGCGUCUGGUCUUCUGAAUCAGCAGUCUUUGAAACGGUCAGCCAACCAAAUGGGGGUGUCUGCCAAGCGGAGACCGAAAGCCCAGCCUACUACCCUAGUCCUUCCACCUCAGUACGUUGAUGAUGUGAUCAACCGCAUUGAUAGAAUGUUUCCUGAAAUGUCCAUCCACUUAUCAAGGCCAAAUGGGACCUCUGCAAUGUUACUGGUUACAUUAGGAAAAGUGUUAAAAGUCAUAGUGGUGAUGCGGAGCCUCUUCAUUGACCGAACAAUUGUCAAGGGGUAUCAUGAAAAUGUAUACACAGACGAUGGCAAGCUUGACAUAUGGUCCAAGUCCAACUAUCAAGUGUUUCAAAAGGUAACUGACCAUGCUACUACUGCCUUACUGCAUUACCAGUUGCCUCAAAUGCCGGAUGUGGUGGUCAGGUCAUUUAUGACCUGGUUAAGAAGUUACAUAAAGCUGUUCCAGGCUCCAUGCCAGCGCUGCGGAAGGUUUCUGCAAGAUGGUCUACCACCCACAUGGCGGGACUUUCGGACACUGGAGGCGUUCCAUGACACCUGUAGGCAGUAGCACAACCUGGAGGCUGACACAAGUCUGUGGAGGAAACAGACUCAGAAGUGGGGUCCCAAGAAACACCUCUUUUGGUUCCAAAUAUCUGUAUGGACAACUCACAACUUAAUUUGUAUAAAUUCAGCUUUAUGCACUUGGCUGGGGGGGCGGUGUAAAAAUAAACACAGGGUAGGUGUUGGGGGCUGGAAGAGUCGGCAGUCUCACCCAUCAUUACACUCAGAGGAGCAUUUGGAGGUGCAGAGAGAGAGAGAAUAAUGGCCUUUGUAGUGGCCUAAAUUAUUGGCAAAUAAUUUAGAAUUUUGAUUUCUUUUCUCAUAUUUAUUUUUGUUUCAGAUACAGCAGACUUUUUGUUAUUUGUUGAAUUUCUAUAGUUUCCGAUUUGUGACAUGUAACUUUGAUUUGUUUCCUAAUUUUUAUAGAACCAGUUGGUUUAUGGUGCUGUUCUAAUUUUUUCAAUGCAAUAUGUGAAGAUGUUGCUGUUUGUUUAUAUUGUUUACAUAUCUUAUUCUUUCCUGCCAUACUGCUGCUUUCAUAGAACCACGCAUCAUUUAUUCUGCUAAAUCUAUAUCUGCAAUAGGUUCAAAAUGUUCUGAGAUGGUUGUGGGGAUGGCUUUGACAGCUAAUUGGCUGGUUAGUAAUGUAGUGUCAAAAUGCCAUGAUUGUGCGGUUUCAUGCAUGUUUAAGAUAGGAAUAGUAGACUAGACUGGAGAAGGCUCAGGUCACCAGGAAGGUGCCGAUUUUUGCUUCUUGAAUUUAAGUGAAGUGGAGAUAAGUAUAUAAUCUGUUCCAACCUCCUGCCCCCCAUGCCUUUGUGAGUAGGAACUAGAAUCCUUUUCUUUAUCCUUCCACUGUUCUUGUGAGAAGCGCAGGCUUUGAACAGAGCCUCCCUUCCUGCCUCAGUAGAGCCUCCGACCCCAGUCCCAGAAAGCUCUGCUUCUCCUUCGCUCUGGUCCAGCCAGCCGCUUUUAAUGACUGAUGUUUUAAUGUAUUUUUAAUCUUUUAUUGGAAGCCGCCCAGAGUGGCUGGGGAAACCCAGCCAGAUGGGCGGGGUAGA